UCCUAUCCCUUCCUGGAGCAAUGACGAUGCGCUUCGGAGUUGUAGGGCUAGGUGGGCCUGAACCACCAAUGGCAGUGGCUGCCUCCAGCAGUAAGACUUUGAAGGCGCUCAAAGAAUCAGCAGCCAGAGCACUGCACUUUGUACAUCCCAGUGGCAACGUCUGGAAGCCGCGGCAUCUCUUCACAGAAACACCGAGUGGAAACCUGAGGGAACUGCAGGAGAACUCCCAGAUCACAGAAGAGAAGGUCCUAUGGGUCGAGCCCCCGUGGAAAGCUGGUUCUGUGCUACAGCAGGGCUUGACGUCCCGCAGCCGAUGGACCUGGGGGGCGCGGCUCUACCAAAGUCUCUCGCGACUCCCAUGUUGUUUGCCUUUGUAUCGCUGGCGAAGCAGUGCUGCUGCCAAAGGGGGACGUGGUGCGCCGCGACGGGAGCAGAAGGUGCAGAAGGAUCCAAAGCGACCAACGCACUUUGUUUCUCUACGUGUGGGGGAAGAUGUUCAGAGAGCUGCAUUAAAAGUUCAACAGGAACUUGUAGGCCAAGCAGACGAACAUUUGCGGAAAGAUUUGGAGAGGUGCCUGAUCCCCUGUGGCCAGUUUCAUCUGACCCUGGCAACGCUGAAAUUGCGAGAGGAGGACCUGCAGGUCAUCCGAGAACAGCUCAAUCAGGUCUCAGACCUGGCAGGUUUUCACUUCAAGCUGAAGGGCCUGGAAUCAUUUGGACAAAGAGUGCUCUUUGCCCGGGCGUGUGACGAUGGCUCCAAUGGAUAUGCUGCCUUGUGUGCCUUGCACACACGCCUGGCAGAUGCCUUUGAGACAUGCCUUCCAGGUGUAAAGAAGGAGGCUGCUUUGAGCAGUGAGACAAUCGAGACAAUCUCAACACAGGAGCCCGAAGCCGCGGAGGCCGACGUCUCGGAAAAGCUCAGUCGCUUCCUGACGCGUGUGUUACGACACGACGCCAAGCGCUUGGGUCUUCAGAUGCGUAGUGAUGGCUCUGUGGCUUUGAAGGACUUGGUUGCGUUGUCCUUCUUCAGAAACAAUGGCUUUGGAGAGGCAGAUGUGGAAAGAGAAGUGAAACACAAUGACAAGCAGCGUUUCUCCCUGUGGCUCGAGAAGGGCAUUAAGCGGAUUCGAGCCAACCAAGGGCACAAGAUGAAGGAGGUGGUGGACAGUGAGCUGCUGACACCCAUCUCGUCUUCCCAGGAGCUUCCCGUGUGUAUUCAUGGCACAUACAUGAAGCGCUGGCAUCACAAGAAGAAGAGCUACGUGGACGUUUGGCCAGCCAUCAAGCGUGAAGGGUUGAAACCCAUGGGGCGGAACCACAUUCACUUCGUGCCCCAUGAGGUCGGCUCUCGCACUGUCAUCAGCGGCAUGCGUCAAGAUUGUACAGUGGCCAUCUACCUGGAUGUGCCAAAAGCCUUGGCCAUGGGAAUCAAACUCUUCCGUUCUUCCAAUGAUGUGGUGCUGAGCCGCGGCAACGAGUGUGGCCACAUCCCCACCGAGCUUUUCGCCAAAGCCGUUGAGAUCAAAACGGGACGUCUGCUUUGGCCUCCUGAAGCUGGCGCUGACAUUGCCACGGAGGAGGAAGACUGCUUUCAGCCACACAUGACUUUGGCCAAGACCAGCCGAGCACAUGAUGGAGCUCGCAUUCCAGAGAGCUGUUGGCAGGCCCUUCGAACUGUUGAGCUGGGCGUGGUCACAGCGGAUUCUUUGGAACUAUGUCGAAUGAAAGGAGAUCCUCAAACAGGUUACUAUGAGGUAGAUUACAAGGUGUCCUUCAAACGCUCGCAACGAGAGCGCAAAUAGAACGUGCAGAUCGUGCAGAUCCUCCCGUUCUGAAGUGUGUCAAUUGUGGGCGACUAGUUGUUACUAGUUUGCCAUAUGUUGCCAGUAGCUCCUACAGAAGUCUCAGUUUUCCCCCAAAUUGCUUGCGCUGACGUUCCAGAGGCAACUAAUGUAUACUAAUGUGCGGUUGCCAACAAAAAUACCGUUCCCUGGUCAAGGCCUGAAAGUGGGGCUAGAUCAGAACGUUUCCGUCGCGUUUCUUCAAGGCUGCACCAGCAGACCCGUUAGUCAUCUUAAAAGCCGAACAGAGCCAAAAAAAACGGCGACGGUGACCGGUUGGCGAUAGUUAAGACACAUGUUGUUUUUG